AAAGUGCAUUGUGCAGCUGCCAAUGUUUCAAGCCCCACUGUUCAAGGACUUCGGUCAGCUUCAUCUGUGCGACCAUUUCAGAUAACACAUCUUGAUCAUUUGGUUCUCACUGUGAAAGAUCUAGAAGCAACAGUGGAUUUCUAUACUCGAGUUCUUGGAAUGGAAGCAACUACUUUCAAGGGCGGACGCAAGGCACUUAACUAUGGUGAGCAAAAGAUCAACCUCCAUGAGAGUGGAAAAGAAUUUGAGCCAAAGGCUGCCAAACCCACUUCAGGCUCUGCAGAUCUGUGUUUCAUCACAAAGACUUCUCUGGAUCAAGUUGAAGAACACUUGAAGGCUUGUGCUGUUGACAUCAUUGAAGGGCCCGUGGAGAGGACAGGAGCAGUUGGCAGCAUCAGAUCUGUGUACAUUCGGGAUCCAGAUGGAAACCUCGUGGAGAUUUCUAACUACCUACACAUGAUGGACAGAUUAUAGUGUGCAUAUUUAUGUCUUCUUCUGAUCACAUAUUUAUGUCUUCUUCUGAUCACAUAUUUAUGUCUUCUUUUGAUUACAUAUUUGUGAUUUUUACUGAUCACAUAUUUAUGUCUUCUACUGAUUACAUAUUUAUGAUUUCUUCUGAUCACAUAUUUAUGUCUUCUACUGGUCUCAUAUUUCUGACUUCUACUGGUCACAUAUACAAAUUUAUCAGUUGCAAGGUGCAAGGUGGUGUGAAUAUCUCUUCCCUUUUAGUCUUUUGGUUUAUGAAUCUAAAUAUUGGUGUAAAUAGAGGAUAAGAGGAUAGCUUUGUUUGCCA